CGCGGACAUAAAUCUAAAUUAAAAAUUGAGUCUACGUUUUACUCAGGACUCUAGUGAAAUGUACAACGCUGUGCUAUAAUCAAAACAUUGGUUGGCGUAUGUGUGACUUGUACGCGAGCUAACUUCAGGAUGGCUGAGCAUGCAUCACAGAGUUACUGUCUCAUAGAGCCCAAAAAAGAGAUACUCAUUGACCAAGACAGCGAAGUCUGUAUAGACUACAAGGACUUUGUUAUACCCAAAAAAGAGUAUACCAGACCACCGUCUGACACACCUGAGGAUAAACAGAGUUUCAAAAUAUUGAAGCCCAUCAAAACAGAAACAAUAUUAUGUAAAGAAAUUGGUCGGCUUCAAAAAUAUGGGGUGGGGUCACUUCCAGACCCAAAUAUGUCUACUGGUUUCCUGGAGGUGGACACUAAAUUGGAGUCGGGUCACGGAUCUAGUAUGGUUGCAUAUGCUCAACCGUAUGUUAAAGCGGCGGAACGCAAGAGGGGCAAAGUAUUGCACAGCGAUGCAAGAGAAAUCACGUACAACGUUAUUAAAUAUUUCGACGAAGAAAAGUUUAUGGAACGAUACCAUCCAUACCAGUUGAGCGGUGCUCGCGCUGCGAUGGCAACGGGCUUAUCCGCCGGAACCAUAUCGAAGAUAAAAAAAGAAGGAGCGUUAGCUGCACUGACUGGCUCUAGAAUAGCGAGCCCAAAAAAAGGCAAACGAGGCAGAAACAAUACAAGAGUACCCAUAGACAAUUUUGACUUGAGCGCCAUAAGGCAAAUCAUUUCGUCAAUUUACGGAGUACAGAAAGAAGUGCCAACGUUAAAAGAAAUAAUUGCCGCGGCCAAAAGCGAAAUAAAUUACAAAGGUUCGAAGACGACCUUGAGAAGAAUUUUGAAGGAGAAACUCGGCUUUACGUUCAAAAAGUGCCGUCGUAACAGGAUGGUCUUGAUUGAGAAAGAAAACAUAAAAGCGUCCCGCGUGAGAUACUUGCGGCGAAUCAGGCAAAAUGACUCAGAAAAAAGGCCCGUUAUCUAUUUGGACAAGUCUUGGAUAAACGCAAAAUGUGGAGAUUGCCGUAAAAAUGCCAAUCCCGGACAAAGAUGGGUCAUUGUGCACGCCUGCUCUGAGAACGGAUUUAUUGACGGUGCAGGUCUAUUAUUUAAAGCUAAAUUCAAGACCGGUGAUUUUCAAGAUGAAAUGGAUGGGCAAAGCUUUAUAAAAUACUUGAAAGAUAAAUUGAUACCGAAUUUACCACUGAGUAGCAUUGUCAUUAUUGAAAAUGCUGCAUAUCGUAGCAUGCAAAUUGAUAAAGCGCCAACCAACGCUACGAAGAAAGAUGAUAUUAUCCAAUGGAUGGAGAAAAAUCAAUAUCAAUUCGACAAAACAUGGACGAAAGCUGAAAUGCUGACUGAGAUGAGAAAUAAGAGAAUAGAAAAAAAAUAUGUCGCCGACAAAUUACUGGCGCAGCAUGGCCACGAGGUUCUGAGGUUACCUCCAUGUAACUGCGGAUUGAACCCCAUCGAGUAUAUAUGCAAACUAAUAAAACAGCGCGUGGAUUUGAAGUAUUUUGAACAACCGGAGUCGAACAUUGAAGUGUUAAUAAAAGAAGCGAUCGAUUCCGUUACUCCUGACGAUUUUAAAGAGCAAAUGAACCAUGUAAAAGUAAUGGAGAAAAGAUACUGGGUACAGGAUGUGACUAAAGAAGAUGAGUUUGAAAAGUUCAUUACUGAUUUGGGAUUGACCUCUGAAGACAGUGAACAAAGCAGCGAUGACCACGAUGAUAUAGAAGAUGUUUAAUAUUUAUCGGAUGACCCUUAACAACAGUCAUGUUACCUGAAUUACCUGUAAUAACCAUAUGAGUGAAUUUAAAAAGAGUAUCUUAAUAGUGAUCUUCAUUUACCAGUGUGGCCAGGGAAUUAAAAAUAACGUUCAAAAACAUCGGCGAAAGACAUUAAAAAAAUUCAAAGUUCAUUUAUUUCAAGUAGGCCCAAUAUAAGCACUUUUGAAACGU